AUGUUAGACUUUCCUUGGUUUGAUGGCUCAUCAGGGUACUCGCUUCUUGAAGAACUGCCUUCUUCAUCAUCGCUAACUUCUGAUUGUAUUCCUGUGACGUUUGUUAAAAAGAUUGCUCAUAUUGUAGCAGAUCCGUUGGCUCACAUCUUCAAUCAUUCACUAUGCUCUUCAGAGGUUCCUCUAAGAUGGAAACAUUCGUUUAUUACACCCUUACUUAAAAAAGAACCCGGUCAAUCUGUUGAUAAUUAUAGGCCUGUCAGUACAACUUCGUAUUUCUGCAGGUUGUUCGGUAAGGUUUUGAAAAAAUAUAUAAUGCAUCACCUCGAAAGGAAUGUAGAUAUCAUUUACCAGUAUGGUUUCAUUCCUGUUAGAAUCGGUUCCGCCUCUUUUGAUCGAAGAGGAGUCAAAAGUGGUGCUCCUCAAGGCGGUGGUUUUUCACCUAUCCCGUUUUCAAAUUACACUGCUGAACUUCCUAGCUAUUCGCAGACGACAAUUAACAGAAUAGUAGGGACAGUUAGAAAAAUUCAACAUGCAUUAGAUAUAAUUCUAGAAUGGUCAAAUAAAUGGAAUUUACCAUUAGCUCCGGAUAAAACAGUUUAUGUAAGAAUAGGUUCAUCUAAUCUAGCAUGUGAAUAUCUUCUCGGUAACCAUGUACUCAACCAAGUCUCUUCUGUCGGAAAUCUUGGAUUUUAUUAUGAUAAUAAACUCGGCUUUUCUAAAAACUAUGAAUCUCUCUAUGAUAAGGCAGCAUUCCGCACAUUUGGUCUAAAAGGUCUUACCAUCAAUGACAAGGAAGUUUUGGUUAAAGCAUAUACGAGGCCAUACAUUAGGCCUAUCAUGUAG